CAUACUGCACCGGGGAGGAGGAGAUUCUACCAAAGAAAACCACAGGACUUUGUUAGUUUCCACUCCGGGCGAGCACAGAGCCCUGUCUACACCCAGGUGGCGCUACUUUAGGCUGCUAUCGUCAGUUUCCACAACAGGAAGAAAAGCCCGCCCUUCUCCAGGAAGCCGUUUACUUUCAGUUUCCAUCGUGUUGUUUUUCCACAGAAGAAUGGAGGCUGGAAGGAGAAGAAGGAGCGACUCUCCGUCCCUCCGCUUCAGGAUGGGGCUGCUGCCUGCGUGGCCCGCCCUGUCUUUGCUUCUAGGAGCAGCGGCUGCUUUUCUGCCGCGGGUCGUCUCUGGCUCCUCCUUGCACUCCCUGCAUCAUUUGUACCUGGGGAUAUCAGAGCCCAUCAGGAAUUGGCCCUGGUUCACUCAGGUGGGGUACCUGGAUGACCAACUUAUCACUCGCUAUGACAGCAACACAAGGAGGGAUCAGCCUCAGGUCGCCUGGGUGGAGAAGGCGGAAGAUCUCCGGUUCUGGGAAAAGGAGACCCAUCAUGCUUGGGAGGCUGAGGGGUUUUUCAGGCAGGCCCUGUUGAGCCUGCAAAAUCGCUACAACCAGAGUGGAGGGCUUCACACCUGGCAGUGCCUGGUCGGCUGUGAGCUGAGCAAAGAUGGGAAUCAGAAAGGAAGGUCCAUGCAGUGCGGCUACGACGGGAAGGACUUCAUCAGCCUGGACAAGGAGACCUUCACCUGGAUAGCAGCCGAUGCCAAGGCCCAAGUGACCAAGAGGAAGUGGGAGUCCAACCUAGAUAUUGCUAUGACCUGGAAAGGCUACCUGGAAAAGGAAUGCAUUGAAAGCCUGCAAAGAUACCGUGACACUGGGAAGGAGACUUUGCUGCGGACAGAGUCCCCAAUGGUGAAGGUCACACGCAAGGUGGGCCAAGAUGGCCUGGAGGCCCUCAUCUGCCGAGCUGAUGGCUUCUAUCCCAAGGAGAUCGAAGCCACAUGGAGGAAGGAUGGAGAGAUCUGGGAGCACGAGACCUUCCGUGGGAGUGUCACUCCCAACUCAGAUGGGACCUACCAUACCUGGCUCAAAAUCAGUGUUGACCCUAAGGACAAGGAGCGCUACUGGUGCCAUGUGGAACAUGACGGACUCUCAGAGCCUCUGGACUUGGCCUGGGAGGAACCUCCUGCCUCAAAACAUAUGAGCAUGGUUUGGUGGAUCAGUGUCCCGAUCAUAACUGUUGGCUUGAUGCUGCUGAAAAGGCACUACCUGUGGAAACGACGACGCCUCAAAAAAAAUGAAGGAUUCUCAUAUCUCCAGCAGAGUAUAAGAGAAAAGGAAGAGAAAAUCCAUAUACUAAAUAGGAAUAUCAGGGAAGUCAGUGAAGAAAGACAGCGUUUAGAAAGGAGAAUCGAGGAAGAGUGCAGGUUGCAUGGUGUUGCAUUGAUUUCCCCUCCUGGAACAGCCAAGAUUUCUGCCUUCUCAUUUUCUUUCUAGGAGUGCAAAGGAGAUGUCGUUUCUUCCUUCUGGCCAAGGAUACAUUACUCCCACGAUGAUUGCAAAGAUGGACAUUAAUUAUUCUGGAGACUGUUGGAAAUGGAAGAAUCUUGCAGAGACAUUCUAUCAUAUGUGGUGGACUUGUAGCAAAGCACAACAAUUCUGGAAGAAAAUCCACUCUAAGAUGCAAGAAAUUUUAAAGAUAAACAUUCCCUACUCACCUGAUUUUUGUUGUUGUUGUUAAAUAUGACUAAACUGUAUAUACCUAUUAAACACACAGCGUCGUCUUUAUACAUGAUUACCACAGCCAGGAUUCUUUAUGCUGCCAUUGGAGAUUACAAAUAACCCCAACCUUGGAUGAAUGACUAUUAAGUAAUGGGAUUAUGUCUCAAUGGGCUAAAAUCACUACUUAUUUAUGGAAUACCUCAGAUGAAUUAUUUGCUCUAUCUGGGAGCCUUUUAUAAAUUAUAAUACAGCACAGGGUCAACAUCCACACCCAAGAUUUGGGGUUUUUUUUAGUACAGAUGGUUGAUUAAUUAAUUCAUUAUUUAUAUCUUUUUGUAAUACCUGAUAUGGGGGCGGGGGGCGCUAAAGGACGGUAGUGGAAUUCCGGAUUGUUAUAUGUAACUUUGGAAGUUUAAGAGAUGAUAAUGUAAACAUUACUUUUAUUUCUUUUGUUUUUCUUAAUAAAUAAAAGGGAAAAAGUUGGGUGAG